GUCUGGGCUAGGAUUAAGAAUCAACCACCGGUCACAAGGAUGUUUUUCUACGAAGCUGAGAAGACAGCCCCGUUGGAGUCCGCGGCAGGGAGGAGCAUUGGAGCAUAAAGGAAGAAGAUAUGAAUUGUGACAAGGCCCACUUUUUCACAGACAACCAGAGUGUCUCCCUGCAGCCCGGAGGGCUGGACUCUGCGGCAGGGGCUCCUGCAGCCCCCAGGAGGCCAAGGCUUGUCCAGACCACCCUGGCGGUUAUGGCUGUGACUGUUGCCUCCUUGCUGGUGGUUCUCUUUGUUAUGGUUCUACAGAAGCCAAGACUUCCUUUGGAGCCAUAUGCCUCUUUCCAAGAGUUUUCCGCCAUGAUUGCCGGAGAGGACAACACGACCAGCCAGUUACCUGUGGAACCCUACAAUUCCCACCACUCUGGCAGGGUGGCAGAGUGGCAAGAGACUAUCCAGAUGUUUAAAAGCCACGUGGAGAAUUCCAGCACCUGGAGCAUGGAGAUGCAGACGUUGACUUGUAGAGUGGACAAUGUCAGUUCUCAGAUCCAGGUGCUCGGUGGUCAUCUGGAAAAUGCCAGUGCUGACAUCCAGAUGGUAAAAGGAGUUCUACAGGUUGCCAAUACCUUGACUUUCCAGACCCAGAUGUUAAGGAGUUCCAUGGAAGGUGCCAGUGCUGAGAUCCGGAAGCUAAAAGGAGAUCUGGAAAAGGCAAACACUUUAAAUUCCCAGACCUACAGUUUCUUAAAAAGCAGUUUAGAAAAUGUCAGCAUUGAUCUCCACAUGUUGAAUGGAGGCUUAGAAAAUGCCAACACUGAAAUUCAGAUAUUGAAGGCAGGGUUGGAAAUGGCAAAUGCCCAGGCCCAGCUGGCAAACAGUAGCUUAAAGAAUGCUAAUGCUCAGAUCCAUGUUUUGAGAGGCCAAUUGGAUAGUGUCCAUGAUUUAAGGGCCCAAAAUCAGGUUUUAAGAAGCAGUUUGGAAGGAGCCAAUGCUGAGAUCCAGAGGGUAAAGGGAAGCCUGCAAAAUGCAAAUGCUUUAAACUCCCAGACCCAGACUUUUCUGAAAGACCAUUUAGACAAUGCCAGCUCUGAAAUCCAGUUAUUAAGAGAUCAUUUCAAAAGGGCAGGUGAUGAGAUUCACUUGUUAAAAAGAGAUUUAGAGACUGUCACUGCCCAGACCCAAGAAGCAAGCCACCAUCUGGAGCAGACAGAUGCUCAGAUCCAGUUAUUAAAAACAGAGCUAGAAAAUGCCAAUGCCUUAGAUUCCAAGAUUCAGGUGUUAAAUGGUUAUUUGAAAAAUGCCAGCAGGGAGAUACAGACCCUAAAACAAGGAAUGAAGUCUGCUUCAGCCUUAGAUUCCAAGACCCAGAUGUUAGAGAGCAAUCUGCAGAAGGCCAGUGCUGAGAUCCAGAGGUUAAAAGGGGAUCUACAGGACACCAAAACACUAACUACGAGAAUCCAGGAGGAGCAGAGUCGCCUGGAGACACUCCGUGUGGCCUUUGGUUCCCAGGAGCAGCUACAGAGGACACAAAAUCAACUUCUUCAGCUGAUCCUGCAAGGCUGGAAUGCCUACAGCGGGAGCUUGUAUUACUUUUCUCACGUCAAGAAGUCUUGGCAUGAGGCUGAGCGGUUCUGUGUGUCCCAGGGAGCCCACCUGGCCUCAGUGACUUCUGAGGAGGAGCAGGAAUUUCUGGUAAAGUUCACGAGUACCUCUUACCACUGGAUUGGCCUCACUGACAGGGGCAAGGAGGGCUUCUGGCGCUGGGUGGACGGGACACCAUUCAAUGCUUUCCGGAGCAGAGUGCAGUGUCAUGGUGGGAGCUGAGGAGGAGAUGGGGCUGAGGAGGUGGCUGAUGUGGCUAGGAAACUGGAUGUAUACGAGAGUUGAGCAAAUAAAUAAGUAAAUAUACUGAGGAUAACAGGAGUCAGGUUUCUCACUGUUGGAGAAGGGAGUUACAAAUUAGGGAGAGACAAGAGAGAAAUGUGAGCUAUUGGAUUGGAAUUGGAGAUAUUCGUGUGAACUCCUGCGUUUUAACUCUCUGUCAUCUAUCUAACUACACAAAAAUAUAGAUAUAACUGUGUGUGUAUACUUAUAUGUGUACAUAUGUAUGUUUCCUAUCUGCUAAAAGGGCUUAGAAGCAUUGACAUCCAAAAGGAAUGAACAACCAAGCUUCCAAAACUUUGUUUCUAAAUUCCAUCUUCCACUAGAAUUGACUGAUUCCAUGGCUAGGCUGGGAAGAUUCAAGAUGAGCCAGGAACAUGUCAUGCCUUUUUGGUACAAGUAAGAAGGCACGCAAAGAAUGAUGGGGUCAUGUUAAAAGAACAGAGAAGCCAGCACGAAGGGGGCUCCUACAGGCCAAAUCUGGAACCAUUUGAGCACUGAAAUAGUGAUCUGAAUAAAGUACAUCUUAUUGAGCAAAACAUAAAGUCAUGAGUUCAUGCUGAGAUAAACACAAAAUGAAUAAAUACAUGAGGAGAAGGAAAGCUCAUCCCCCCAAUUGGUUGUCAAUGAUUUGGCCACAAAAUAGUGGUUAAUUCAGGCAGGAGUCAUCAAUGGAUGCUAAGGAUUUUGGUGAUUUCCUCACAAAAUAUUUAUCAGUCAAAAGGAAAAGUUAGUCCAUGUAUGGUGAAGGAACCUGGGAGACACCACCGUGACUGAGUGAUCAAGAUUAACUUCACCAGUGGUGGGACAGGUUGGCAUCAUGUAUGUCCUGAUGGGAUGCACUGAGAAAAGCCCAGCAUCUUUUCUGUGGAGUCCCUGCCAAGAAGGGAUGGCCUAGGUCUGGACAUGAGGGAACAUUGGGCAGAACCUAGGUGAGGGACAUCCUUCAGAAUGAAAGACUUCUCUUAGAAACUGUCAAGGUCAUGAUGACAGGGCAAGACUUAGGAAACACUUCAGAAAAAGAAUAAUGAAAAUGGGAAUAUUCCUAGAGAGAAAGAGGGCGAUGGAGUAAAUGUGGAAAAACGUUAACAAGUAGAAAAUCUAGGUGAAGGGGCUACAGGACCUUUUGGUUACUGCUCUUGCAACUUUUAUUUAUUUCAAAAUGAAUUUUUAAAAGUUUUCUUUGUAGCCGGCAAAAUUUUUGUCUGGUAAAUAUAUACAUGUACAUAAGUA